UACAAACUUACAAGGGAGAAAACUUUUUACUUUUUAAUUAAAGCAGAUUUACAACUUUAAUGGCUAGCAGUCCACCUUGACUUUUCAAUGCAGGAGGGUUAUGAAUUCUGGAAAACGGGCUUUAAAAGUUAACAUAUUGCAAGCUAGUAAUCUAUCGAAAAGAGAUAUUUUUGGAAGUCUUAACGCUUAUUGUCGAGUGUAUAUAAAUAAUAGCGAGUUUUUAUUAACAACUGCAGUCAAGAAAAAAACCAAAUGUCCCUACUGGGGAGAGGAGCUCUUCUUACUUGUGGCUGAAAAAUUUGACACUCUCCACUUUAAAAUAUAUAAUUACAAUCGCUUUACAAAAGAUGGAUUACUAGGGAGUGUUACAGUUAACUUAAAUUCCGUUAACAUUCCUGAGCCCAGUGAGACUUCCAAAUUAUUUAGUUUUCCUAUACAGCAAUACAGUAAAAGCAGUAAAGUUAGAGGAUGUUUAAUUUUAAAAUUUCAAUUUAUAGCACCUUCGAACGGCGUAGAGAAUUUUCUUCCUGCGAAUAGUGAUUCAAACCUACAACCUUUGCGUUCUGCUAUUUGUCCAGCAGGGCCUUCUAAAAGAAUAUAUUCUACAACUGAUCUUGUUGCUCGUGACUUUGGAUCUUAUGCUGAGGAUGAGACAUUGUCUGAAGGAAGGGGUGCACAGCUUGAUCAAAACGGAAUAUAUUUUGUAGAAAGCGUUUCUAAAAGUACUUCUUGGGCGAGGCCUACCCCCAAAACUGAGCUUAAAAAUAAACAAAAACUUUGUGACAAGAAACGCCAAAGCCAACAAUUUGUAAGACGAACAAGUUUUACGAGCUCUCGAGAAUCUACAAAUUCUCUCGCAGACUGUGAAUCUUUUUGCCAAGCCGAUUCUUUUUGCUGGGAAAUGCUCACAACGAACAACAAGGAAAUUUCUUUAGUUCAACUAAAUAAAAAGGCCACGGGGCGCGUUUCAAAAUUACGAGUCCAUUCCGAAACUUUGCAUCACAAUAGCCAUGUGACUUCCGGAGAUCUUCCGCCGGGCUGGGAGGAACGACGAACGCGUGAAGGGCGUGUCUUUUUUGUAAAUCACAUCGAAAAAAUUACUCAGUGGGAAGAUCCACGCCAGCAGAAGAGUCCCGUAUAUAUUCCAGUUUAUGCUCGAGAUUAUAAAACGAAACUUUCUUAUUUUUACUCGCAUUUAAGACGAAAGGAAGGAAAAAUUGAGCUUCACGUGUCCCGUGAUAACAUCUUUGAAGCGUCUUAUCGGCAAGUGAAGCGGAUUCCUCACGAUCAACUCAAUAAAAGAUUAUGCGUGCAUUUUAAAGGCGAAAGCGGAUUGGACUAUGGAGGAAUUACGCGCGAAUGGUUUUUCUUACUUUCUCGCGAAAUAUUUUCACCGUAUUACGGGCUUUUUGAAUACGCUGCAUAUGAUAUGUGUACAUUGCAAAUUAAUCCGCAUUCCGGAAUAAACCCCGAACAUUUAAAGUAUUUUGAAUUUAUUGGAAGAAUCGUGGGAUUAGCAGUUUGUAAUCAAAAUAUAAUCGACGCAUUCUUUAUUCCCCCUUUUUAUCGAAAAAUCUUGAAUAAGCCGAUUGAAUUUGACCACAUCGAAAUGGUCGAUGCGGAGUACUACAGAAGUCUUCUUUGGAUCCUUAAUAAUGACGUUACAGAUAAACUUUUUUUGAAUUUCACAGUGACAUCAAAUAAAUUUGGUUUGACCUAUGAAGAGGAGCUUAAACCAAACGGCGCUAAUAUCCCCGUUACCGAAGAGAAUAAGCGGGAAUACGUUCUACUUUUAGUGGAGCAUCGAUAUUCAAAGAUCAUCAAAGAUCAGAUGGAAGCGUUUAAUAGAGGCUUCUUUUCGGUGAUUCCUUCGGCACUCGUGCAAAUUUUUGAUGAGAAGGAGCUUGAGUUUCUCAUUGGCGGUCUUGCUGAAAUAGACAUUGUUGAUUGGAAGAUGAAUACCGAAUACCGAAACGGCUAUUACAGUAGUCAUCCAGUUAUAAAAAUGUUUUGGAAGGUUGUUGAAGAGUUUGAUAACGAGCUGCGCGCUCGGUUGCUCCAGUUUGUCACGGGAACUUCUCGUGUUCCUAUCAAGGGUUUUAAAGAUCUCCAUGGCAGUAAUGGCCAUCAAAGAUUUUGUAUUGAAAAAGUUAAUUCUUCAAGUCGUCUUUGCAAAGCCCACACGUGUUUUAAUAGACUUGAUCUUCCUGAAUAUGAAAGUGCUGAUGUACUAAAAGAACGUCUUAUAUAUGUUCUUGAAAAUACACGGGAAUUUUAUUGCGAGUAA